UGUAUGUGACGUGACUGUAUGUAUGUAUGUGUGUGUGUGCAUCAAUCAAGCGAAUCCCGCCCCGGUUGGUUUCUUUGGAAAAAACUAAUAAAUUACUACCUACUGUCUACUAUCGCAUCAUUGAUUUGUUCAGCAAUUUGUACAUCAAGUACAACAUUCUGCCGGAAUUUAACAACUGUUCGCUGUCGCUGUUUCAAACAUAUAUGAAUACGUUUGCAAGGUCGUUUGAACCGGCAAACGUUCUGCUAUGAAGUUCAAGUUCUGUUCGGAAGGCGAUUGCCCUCUGUGGGCGCUGGCAGCGCUGCACGCGCUGGGCAGCCUGCCUGCUCCGCUGUUCCGGACCUUGCUGCAACACGUCCUCGAAGAACAGCCGGAUGAUGGCAUCAUGGACAUUCUGAAGAAUACAUAUCUAUCGUCUCGGGAAGAGAGCGCGCGCGCAGCCGCGGUGAUCCGGUGGGUGUUGCACCAGACGUGGAGCUGUGCGUGUCCCGGCAGCCAGCUGACGCGGGACUUGCUCGUGCUGGGCGUGCCACGCGCCCACGCCGCCGCGCUCGCAGACGCCGCCGACUCGACAAGGGACAGCCACGUCGCCAACGCUCACAGCAACGGAUUCAUGGUCAAUAAGGUGUCCAACGUAACACUUACACCAGGCCCAGAAGGUGCCAUAGAUACGUACAAACUGACUCUCUUCACUGACGACGUUUUCACAGGAGAACAGAAGAGAAAACAACUUCUCAUAGAGAAAACUCAAGCAAGAACAUUGCUCACUGAAUUAAAGAAGGCAUAUCAAAAGAUGGAAGGUCUUGAAAAAUAAAGUAUGAAAAUUAAGCGUGGCAGGAAUAUAACCAUAAAUGUUAUUUCUGGAUAUUAUACUAAUAACUUAUAGUGGGUGGGACGCCCUACGUACACAUUGUUUAUGUUAUAUAAUACUGUAUCAAUUACCUACAAUAUAAUAUUUCAAGUUUUUUUAUGUUAUGGUACCUACUUACUGUUACAAUUAAGUACUUAUCUGGAACAUUAUUUACGUAAAAACGUAUUAAUAUAGUGCUUAUAUCGGGAAGUGUGUGUCAGUAAAGUAAUACGAAUGUAAUUAUAGGUUAGUAUAGUACCCACCUAAUAUAAUUCAUAAAUUAAAAAUAAACAUUCCAAAGUUUAA